AUGGACCCAAUGGCUAAUAGCUGUCCUAACACACAGGAUUCGACACCUGAACCAUCAAUUACCUCCAGCCAACACACUCUUGUACCUCGUCCUCCGGGAGUGUUCAAUCCCUUUGCCGGCCUAGCGGGCACUAACAGUGCGACGCGCAAGAGCUCGUUGUCCAACGACGAACUUGAUCGUGCUCCCAGUCCUUGUGAAAAUAAAGACACUGGAGCCCCGCGAACUUAUGCAUCCGAGUGGACAGAUCUCGUUCAUGACGAUGAGAGAAGACUGGCAUUCUACUUAGACAAUAUUCCUGCCUCGGACCGCAAACAACUACCCAAGACCGGCUUGUGUUACGACGACCCAAAUAGUUCUUCAUAUUACGGCAGCAGCAAAGGUGAGCCACCUGAUUCUCAUACCUGUGAAGACCCCGACCGGGACCCCGACCAAGGACCUGGGAUCCAACCCAUUCUCCCAACAUCCCCGGACCCCGAGACUUUGACCCAAACACCAAGCUUUGGAGAAUUAUUGGAGUCUAUUCCACCGUCGCCCAUUGGCCCUAGCAGCACAGUUGACGAGUGGGGCUUCAUUUAUUCUCAUCGUGCCCCGCGACAGGAUUCACUCAUCAACGACGCCCAGGCUAAUCUCUCCACGCUUGACAUCAGUGGCCUCGCAAGCACCACAGAUACCCUCAUUGAUAUCGCACCACGCUCUCCAACCGACAGUUCACCCGACGCAGAACACUUCCCUAAGAUUGACCGAUCACGAAGUUGUUCAUCAUUCCUAGGGUUUCACCUGUCUCAGAUCCAGCCAGCCCAUCCAGAGGUGACUCCAUAUUGUGCCAAUCCUGUGAACUUCUCACGCCCGUACCUUCCUCCGAACUACGAUCCCGUACUCGAGUUUGUCAGACCGCGACAUACAUUCAGCACCGAUUCUGUAGGGUAUCGCAAGCGUGACCGUACGCCUCGAGUCUAUCGAAACACGCCCCUACGGAUCUCCUCUUCGCCGGACUCACCACCAACGGCUGAACCACCAAAGGAAGAACCACCAAAGGAAGAGCCACCAAAGAAAAAACCACAGCGACGGUUUAAUUGUGGAAUUGGAGAUUUCAAAGCGCUUUGCCUUUGGGUUUGGGAUCUCGGACAAUCCUUUCGAUAUUGA